AGCUGUGAGCACUGCCACCUGCUCACCCACUCUCCCUGGCCCCAGAGCACAGUCCGUGCUGGUGGGAGUGUGACAACUGGCCGCCCAGCAACGGUCCAGGAAGAUGAGUGCCUGCGGGAGGAAGGCCCUGACCCUGCUGAGCAGCGUCUUUGCUGUCUGUGGCCUGGGCCUCCUGGGUAUCGCGGUCAGCACCGACUACUGGCUGUACCUGGAGGAGGGUGUGAUUGUACCCCAGAACCAGAGCACCGAGAUCAAGAUGUCCCUGCACUCAGGCCUCUGGCGGGUCUGCUUCCUUGCAGGUGAGGAGCGGGGGCGUUGCUUCACCAUAGAAUAUGUGAUGCCCAUGAACACCCAGCUGACAUCCGAGUCCACAGUCAAUGUUCUGAAGAUGAUCCGCUCAGCCACACCAUUCCCUCUGGUCAGCCUCUUCUUCAUGUUCAUUGGGUUUAUCCUGAGCAACAUUGGACACAUCCGUCCCCACCGGACAAUACUGGCCUUUGUCUCUGGCAUCUUCUUUAUCCUCUCAGGCCUCUCUCUCGUGGUGGGCCUGGUGCUCUACAUCUCCAGCAUUAACGACGAGAUGCUCAACAGGACCAAAGACGCAGAGACCUACUUCAACUACAAGUAUGGGUGGUCGUUUGCCUUCGCCGCCAUCUCCUUCCUUUUAACGGAGAGUGCCGGGGUGAUGUCUGUGUACCUGUUCAUGAAGCGGUACACCGCGGAGGACAUGUACAGGCCCCACCCUGGCUUCUACCGCCCUCGGCUGAGCAACUGCUCCGAUUACUCAGGCCAGUUCCUACACCCAGACGCCUGGGUCAGGGGCCGCAGCCCCUCCGACAUCUCCAGCGAGGCCUCCCUGCAGAUGAACAGCAACUACCCCGCCUUGCUCAAGUGCCCUGACUAUGACCAGAUGUCCUCUUCGCCCUGCUGAGCCUCGGCCUCCCCCAUCCCUGGACUGUGGGUGGCCAAACCACCCUUCCUGUUCUCUCCAGGUGACCCCUGAGCCCCAGGCCUGUGGUUGACAGGCCCAGGCCACCCAUGCUUAGAUGUUGUCACUUGACCCCAGUCCUCUCCCUGCUUCUCCAGAAGGGCUCUAACUGCCCCAGCGUGGGUGUGGGAGUCUGGAGUCUGCAGGCAAGUUGAUUGUCUGGGAACGUGGGAGAAGCCCCGCCCAUGUGAGUGCCAAUCACAGCAGUGGCUCCAGGAAGCCAGCAGGUCCCCACAAGCCCAGGAGAAACCGAUAUUCCCUCUGUAUAUUCUUCCUGCACCCCCAACUUCAUGGCCCUAGGUCAGGGCCAGCUCUGAGAUGCCAAGCUCCCUACACAGAUGCAGCUGGACUUGUGCACUUGCCAACUGGCCUGGCCAUUCACGUUCAAGAUCUGCACCCUCUGGCUGAAAGGUGACUCUGAUACAGAGGUCUGGCUGGCUUAGACACGUCAAGCUGGCAGUGUUCUUUCUGAACCCUUUUUCCCUUUUUGUCACCCAUGUCCCUCCACGUGACACACCUGUCCGUGCUCUUCCCUCCCCGACACAGGCUGUGAACCUUUUCUCCUUGCCUCACACCAGAACUCAGCUGCCCUGGGCCCUGGCCCUAAGGGACUAAGGGUGGCUCUGAGGUCACACUGAUGAAGUCACAAAGAGGUGUUAAUGGCUGAAGACAUGGUAAUAUGUAUGGCCCUUUGAUAACAUAUUUUACAAGAGCCUUUUAUGCCUUAACCCAAAUAACUGAUUCUGACAAUGAGAAUUUUAGAAUUGGGCUGGUCUGAGUUCCUAUUACCAGAUCCUGUUUCUGGUCCUGGGGAUACUGCCCCCUUACAAGGUCAAUAUUUCCGGACCAAGGCCCUAAGAUGGAAUCUUGUAGACUGCUAAACCACCUAAGUGGAAGGUAGCCUUUGAAGAGGCUGCCUGGGAGUGGGAGCUGGAUUUGAUGACACCUGGUGCGUCUUGAGUUCAAACAAAGGCAGACUUGGAAUAAUCCAGCUGCUCUCCGAAGGCUGCCUGUGAACAUUUGGGGGUUGCCAAUUUAAUCCUAAUAUAGAGGAGUGUCUGCUUCCUGGGUGUAGGACAGAUGUAGGCAAAUCAGAUUUUUCCAGAAGACCAGGCAGUGUGACACCCAUUCUUCUGGUGGGAAACCGGACCUAAGGGGGUUUUAAUCACCUUCCGUAAGUCCACAGAAGCCACUGCAAGUCAUGCACCCCUUAGCUCUCCAAGUGUCCGCUCAGCUUAGACGUUUUUGGUUUUGAGAUUUUGAGUAGCAAAACAAUGCUGUGUGUCGCUAUUCUGCCUGCUCUCCUCUUGCCCUCUUUAAGACGCCGUUAGGUUCUGAGAACAGAAAGCCAUGAUGGCGAUACAUGGACUCUAGCAUGUAGUCCAGAAAGCUGCACAUCUGUUGUGUGCAGCCUUGGAGGGGCUGUGUGUUAGGCAGCUGGGCUGCCAUAAUGAACUACCACAGGCUGGAUGGCUUAAAAACACACAUGAAUUUUCCUACAGUUCUGGGGACCAGAGUCCAAGAUCAAGGUGUCGGCAGGAUUGGUUUCUUCUGAGGCCUCUGUCCUUGGCUUGCAGACGGCUACCUUCCUGCUGUGUCCUCAUGUGGUCUGUGUGCCUGUGUCCCCGGUGUCCCUCAGUGUGUCCAAAUUCCCUCUCCUGAUACAGACACCAGUCAGAUUGGAUUUGGGUUCAUCCCCAAUUAAUUGGUGGUUAAUUUUCAUGAAAUAACCUCUUUAAAUGCUCUAUCUCCAAAUAUAGUCAUUCUACAAAUGAAUUUAGGAAAGACAGAGUUUAGCCCAUAACAGGUAUUUUGUUGUUGGAUUCUUCCAUGUGUCUCACAGCAUGGUAGAGGAGAAAGAUAAGAGAAGCCAGUUCUGGUCCCAAUGUAGCCACUCAUUCACCACGAAUCCUUGAGCAACACCCUUCCACUCUGAGGGGCUUGGCCUAAAUGGUUUCCAAGCCCACUCUCCUCCUACCCACCCACAACUCCAAUGACUCAGCCUCCUGUGGGAGGCUCCCUGUUGCUUUUGUAUGUGGCUUUUCAAUCCUUACCUAUAAACUGAUAGCAAUUGUGAGGCCCCCUUCCCUCUCCACUGGCACCCUUGCAAUGACUGUUGUAUUCUUCAGUUACUGUUUACAGGGUAAUACCGAAACCAUGUUCUCCCCACAACAAAGUAAAGGAAUCCGUUUUUGUGCUUGGAGACAGUUAGAUAGCGUUUCCAAACUGGACAAUCAUUUAGGUGAGCUCUACUCCAAUUUUUAUCAAUGUAAUUAGCUCUUAAUUGCACUUUUCUCUCUCUAGAACACUUUCUCUGUCACUGUGCCAAGCUUGUUUUUUGUGCACCUGGAAAAAAUAGAAUCCACUCCUAAAUACAAGCUGAUUGUGGAGUCAGA